CUAAUAUUAUGCCAAGGGCCAGCAAAUAUACAUAAAAAUAUAAAUAUAAACUCGCGGAGUUAUCGGAUAUAUUCGUCUUAUAGUUAAAGCGUGUAAUCCUUUCAUCCAAGCAAACGAAAGCAUCUUUUUGUGCCGCAAUUAUUCAACACCCUGACUAAACGUUACUAUCAAGAAAUCUUUAUUUGCAAAAAAUGUUUUUAUAGCAAAUAAUUACGGUGAAGCGCAAAGAAGUUAAGAAAAGGUAUAUGCAGAAGGAGGUGAUUUUCAUAAAGCAGAGAGGGCAGAGGCGAGAGAUCUAAAUCUCAAAUCCCACUAAUCCUGCGAUCGAAGAGGGGAAAAAUGUGUGUAUAUAAUGUCUGUGUACAUUAUAUAUGUUGUUGUUGUAUUACAAUACUGUAACAUUAAAAAAUAUCAUAAGUUUUGAUAUAUAGUCGAAGAUGCCUUUUAUUAGUUUGUCAAUUUUUGUCAAUUAUUUUCUUUAAAAAUAAUGCUCAAGUAAAAAGAAGAAGCCAACAGAGGCCAAAGAUUUGCCGAAAUUUUAGAAAUUAAAAAGAAAUGAAAUAACGUUUUAAAUAAAAGAAAAUAUUGCGAAGGCUACCACAUAUCCAGCUGUAUGUUUCUUACUAAUUAAAUAAUUUAUAUACAAUAAUCUAAAACAUAUAUGUAGUAAUUUAAAAUUGGUCAUUUAAUAUUUUUAAUUUUAAAAUUCAGUUGUUAAUGAUUUGAUUGAAACUAGUGAAUUAUAUCAUCAGCAGACAAGAUAUUUAUGGAACUUGCCAACAAGAGCAAUAAUUAUAAUAAUAUCACGGACCGCAGCAAUAGCAAAAACAGCCACCAUCUAUGUGAAACUCCAACUCGGCUAUUUUCGCCGGUUAUAUUCGUUGCAAAUUUAAUGUUUACUGGACGACAAAAUAAAACCAAAAUUGAAAAGGUUAUGCAAAGACAACAGCAACCACGCGCUCAAGAGAAACCACUAAGACAGCGUAAACACUCCCCUCAAGAUGCUCAAGCACACACACCAAAGGAACCACCAAAAUAUCGUUACCCUCAACCCCCAGAAAAGAUAAAUCCAUCAUUGCACAGGACAUCCGAUAUACCAAUGCCAAUGCGUUAUCGCACAAGUGCUCGCAAAAGCUCGUAGUAUAUAAGGACAUUAUCUUAGUAAUAUAUA